CGAGGCUCCAGCUCCGCCUAGGCGCCUGAGUUCGGUUGAUAAAUGGUUACUAAGUGAGUGGUUUCCUGGACGCAGCCGGCGUCACUGGAGAUUCAGGGUCAGAUUAUUGGAUUGGAAACUAAAUCAGAAAUAUAUACAAUACAUUAGAAGCUGCAUAAUGGGAUACAUCACAUUCACUGAAGUAUGCGUGUAUAACACUGGAGAUGGCUUAAAAUCACACAGUUUAUGUGGCCCUAUGUGAAGACUGAGAAAAUCAAAGCCACUUGAUCACUGGAUUAGUUGAAAAAAAUGGCUUCCAUGGAUCAUCUUCGUGAGAAGAUUAAAAGUAAGCGCAAGGCACUGCAAGCGUCUCUAGCUGUAAGCAGCGAAGUCACCGAUACUCGGGCUUUGGUUGAGGAAGAAAUCGAAAAUGGUACCAUGAUUGAAACUGCUACGAUUGUGGAGGAAAUUCAGAAUGAGGAUGAACAGGUUGAGAACCUGAAACGGGCCAUGAAAGCCCAAAGACAAAGAAGGAAAAAAAUGCUUAUUGAUGACAUUGUUGAUUUACAUGCUGAAGAGUCCAUACAAGAAAUGAAUGUAAUUGCUCAUCGACAAAGAACUCUUCCACCUCUUCCCGUGUCCUCCCCAAGAACAAGCUUUGCUGAAUACUCCAUGCGAGAGAAAAUGAGGGAGAAACUGAAAGCGGCCAGGUCUAAAGCACAGAGUGCCAUCCAUCAGGAGGAAUCAAGUGCACCGUCUCGACGUCUAACACAUUUCAAAAACCAAGAGUCAGUUAUUCAAUUUGACACUGAGGUAGAUGAAGAGGACAUGAAGAGACCAAGAGGUGAUGAAUUGCCCUUUCCUCCUUCAAGAGUGAGGUUUCGUGAAAUAGCAAAUAAAGUAAAGCAGAAAGCACAGGAGCUUCCUUCUGCUGAAGAUGCAUAUAACUUCUUCACCUUCAAUUUUGACCCUGAACCUGAGGAGACAGAAGAAGAGUCAAAAAAGGAGAAACAACCUGAAACAUUUCAAAAGAUUGACCAGGAAGAAGAGGAGGCGGAGGAUGACAGGGACGGAGAAGAAUCUGCUGUCAUCAAACAAGUGGAAGAAGAGGAAGAGGAAGAGGAUCGACCGCUUGUAAAAGAUAAUGAGGAUGAUGAGGAUAACUAUCUCUUCAUAAUUGAUCAGACAGCUCGUGAUUUUCUUGUAGUAAAGGCUCCCGAUUAUGAAAGUUACCAUAGUCAACGACAGAAAGAUAAAAAAUUCCUUUUUACCCCCAGCAUUCUGACAGUGUCCACAUCGGAGAAGGUUCCUGAAAACAUGCAGCCGCGGUUUCUCGAAGAUGAAGGCAUUUAUGUUGGAGAAAGACCAAAAGUUUCCCAAUCUAACCAGAACAUCCUGGAGAAUCGUCUGCUUAAAAAUGAAGAGGGCAAAAAAUGGUUUGGAAGUGAUGGCAGAAUAAUAGCCUUAGCUGACCCUAUUAAAAGGACCCAAACCAGACCACCUGUGUUCUCACUCCAUGAAAAAGUGGAUCCUGCACUCGAAACUCUGUAUAAAAAGGCUGAGAAGUACGAUAAUCGAUACAUUGCUAGUUCAUCAGAACUACAGGGACAUUUUCAACUGGACAUUGAUGUUGCUGGCAUAGUGUUCACACACCACCCCAUGUUUAGUCGUGAGCAUGUGUUGGCAACCAAAUUGGCCCAGCUGUAUGACCAGUAUCUAUUUCGAAAACAGAAAAAUCUUGCCAGCCUUUACUCUGACAAGUUGUGUGCUCUAAGGAAUGCAGUGAAGAACAUUAUUGAUGAUCAUAAUGUGACAAGUUCAGUGGCACAGCGAAGACUUAUGGAAUAUAAAUCUGAGAUCAGAAUUACCCGAAGAAUGUGUCACAUGGAACAGGAGAAAGAUUGGAACCUGCUGAAGAGCCUUGUCAAAGUAUGGAAAGACAUCAAGUCGCUUAGAGAGUUCCAGAAAUUUACCAACACACCAAUAAAACUGCAUCUUAGACGGCAAGAGAUUAACUGGAAAGCUGAUCAAAUAAGUUAUGAAUGUGAAAUCCAAACUGAGGUAACGGAACUUUUGGAAGACUGUCAAGAAGAAUAUGAGAAUAAAAUGGAAGAAUAUAAAAUGAAAUAUGAAGAAUGGAAAGCCUGGAAAAAGGCAAAAAAAGCAAAGAAGAAAAAGAGGAGAAGUGCUGAUGAGCAGCAGGCUGAUGAUAUAGAGGAGAGUUCAAUGUUUGAAGAAUUUCCAAAGCCUGAUCCUCCAGAGCAAGUGGACGUUUUGCUUAUAGAGCAGCAAGUCCGAGCAACAGCAGCCAGAAUUCGUCGUAAACCAGGAGAACCUGUCCUGACCCCUGAACUUAGUAUGACAGCCACAGUAACACCCACCAGCCAAUGUCCAAGAGGAGAACAGCUGCGAAGACAAGAUGUUCAGAGAUGCACAAUAUAUACCAAAAUUAUUUUUAACAACAAAGAGGUCUCCAGAACCAGCAGCCGAACAUUGACUGCCGACUUCAGGAUCCAUUUUGGGCAAAUCUUCAAUGUGCAAAUAAUCAACUGGCCAGAAAGUAUAAAGAUUCAGAUAUGUGAAACCGUGGGAAUUAGCACCACAAAGAUAGAAGUCUUUGUUCCCAUCCCAGAAACCAGCAUCCUCACAGGGAGUGCCCCAAUUGAUGAAAUAGAAUUUAGUAGCGAUCAGCGUGUAAUGUUUGACCAUGAGGGCGUUGGAAGUGGUGUGCCGUUUUCUUUUGAAGCUGAUGGAAGUAAUCAGUUGACCUUGUUGACCUCCGGCAAGUUAGCUUGUAAUGUCUCCUGGGCUGUCAGAGAGGACGGUGUGCCAUUGGUACCUCCAAUGUUUCAGCAAAACAUUGGGAUUCAAAGCACCUUAAAACACAUGGAUGCCAUAUCAUCUAUUGGAGCAUCUGGAUUAACAGAUAUGAAGAAACUGGCUAAGUGGGUAGCAGAGUCCAGGCUUGAUCCAAAUGACCCCAGCAACGCAACUCUGAUGCAAUUAAUAAUGAGUACGACAGGUGCUGAGGCUCAGGACAACGAUUUCUUCAGGCUUGAGCAGCUGCAAGAAGAAUUUAACUUUGUUUCAGAAGAAGAUUUUAAUAAGUCCAAGAGAUUCCGAUUUCUGCAACUCCGAAAUGAAGAGGUGGCAGAGUUCCAUAAUUAUAAACAAGUACCGAUUCUGGAUCGUGAGAUUUCUGAGAAGAUUUUCCAGGAAUAUGAGAAGAAACAUCGUGAAAAAGAUGUGGUUGAUAUGACAAGUCACCUCGAUCCCCACAGAGCACUGCUAGCUAAGUUCCUGCAGAAGGUUCGAGAUUCUGUAGUAAGUAGGUUCCUGCUGGCAAAGCAUCAUCACGUCUUGUCAGAUGUGGUCGUUGAGGAAGCGGUCCCCAGCAUAAGUAUGUUAGGCAUCAGCCUGUUCAAACUGGCUGAACCCAGGAGACCACUUAGACCACGAAGAAAAGAAAGGAAAAAAGUUACUGCCCAGAACCUUUCUGAUGGAGACAUUAACCUUUUGGUCAACAUUAUCCGAGCCUAUGAUAUACCUAUACGUAAAUCCAUAGGAAGCAAACUGCCGCUAACUUCCAGAUCAGCUAGAUCUAUUAAUGAAACAUUCUCAAGCUCACAGAUACCUCAGAGUCCCACACAAAGCCACGAGUGGUGUACUAACCAGACCUUGGUGCGUCCUUUUGUGGAGGUUUCAUUCCAGCGUACAAUCCGUCAAACUACUACUGCAGAAGGUCCAAACCCUAACUGGAAUGAGGAACUGGAGCUUCCAUUCAGAGCACCCAAUGGCAAUUACAGCACAGCGAGCCUUCAGUCUGUUACAGAUGAGGUGUUCAUCAAUGUCUUCGAUGAAGUUGUUUAUGAUGUUCUACAGGAUGAUAGAGAAAGAGGAAGUGGUGUACAUACUCGUAUCGAGCGACAUUGGCUGGGAGCUGUACAGAUCCCAUUUUCUACCAUCUACUCCCAGUCCAGGAUUGAUGGUACCUUCAGGAUUAAUACACCCCCAGUCCUUCUGGGAUACAGCAAAGAGCGCAAUCUAUCCAGUGAAAGGGGAUGGGAGGCAGUUCGAAGCCUAAGUGAAGGCUCUUAUUUGUCCCUCUUUAUUACUGUUGAACCUCAUCUGGUACCUGGAGAAUCUGUACAUGAAAAGACGAUUGAGAUGCUGAAAAAGUUUGAGACUCAGGAGGAUGAGAAACUGCUUCAAAGAGCAGAAAAGUUCCAGAAGGAAGUAAAGCAGAAGUUCCCAAAUCGUCGAUGUGUUACUUUGGUCACAGAUCUCACUGGCAAGCUGGUUUUCGUUACAAGGUUCAUUAAACCACUUUUUCCACCUCAGGAACUGUUUGAUGCCUUUCCUAAUGACCCUGAGGCCACAACAGAGCUGGUGGCCCGCUAUGUUUCUCUGAUGCCCUUCCUUCCAGACAGUGUUUCUUUUGCUGGAAUCUGUGACUUAUGGUGCACUUCAGAUCAAUUCCUGAACUUGCUAGCAGGGGAUGAAGAGGAACAUGCAGUUCUGCUCUGUAACUAUUUCCUAGCAAUGGGGAAGAAAGCUUGGCUAGUAAUAGGAACUGCCAUUCCUGAGGGUCCAACGGCAUACGUGCUGACCUAUGAACAGAACCAGUAUGUGAUCUGGAACUCCACCACUGGACAGUGCUAUGGGCAGUUUGAUGCAUUCUGUCCACUGCAGUGUGUCAGCUGCUUGGUUAGUGCUGACAAUGUCUGGUUCAACAUGCAGAAAUAUGAUACUGUUAUGCGCCUACAUUUUGACACCAGCAAAUCCAACUUCUGGAAGCCAUUUUUUUCACGAAGCUUUCCUUUUCCUGGUUUGUCAAGUGUUCAGCCAGAAGAGCUGGUUUAUCACCGUACUGACAAGGCUGCUGCAGUAGAACUUCAGGACAAGAUUGAAAAGAUCUUGAAAGAGAAGAUUAUGGAAUGGAGACCCAGACAUCCAACUCGCUGGAACAGAUACUGUACCUCUACUCUUCGCCAAUUCCUGCCUAAACUGGAGUUCAGCCAGGGGGGAGAGGUUGGGAUUGACCAUUGUGCAGAACUGCAGAGUCUGCUUGGAGAUUACAGGAUUUCUGGAUUUCCUAUUAACUUAUCUUUCUCUGAAUUGAGGCCCAUUGUUGAAGCUGUACAUAGCACUGGUGUCCAUAACACAGUGAUUCCUCACGUAGAGUUUGCUUUGGCUGUGUAUGUCCACCAAUAUCCCAACAACGUGUUAUCUGUUUGGAUUUAUGUGGCAUCCUUGGUUCGUAACAGAUAGCAAAAGCAAAGAGUUGUGAUCCUCAACAUUUUUGAUUUCAGCAGAAAGUUGUUUAUGUGAUCUUGUGCAUUUGAGUGGUUGUAUUUGCUUUCAACCUAAAGCAGAUUAAAUCUAAUGUCACGUGGAAAAUAAUUUAAUACUACCUGUGUUUUCAGAUUUUUAAAAAUUUUAUUUUAAAAGACAUUCUAUACCUUCAUCUUUUAAAUACACAUUUCUUGCCCCUCCAUGCGCAAUUUUUUUUUAAAAAUGGUAUUUAUUAACUGGGGAAUUAUUCCUUCCAAUGCCAUAAUUCCUUUCUCCCAGUCUCAAAUCUCAGUGAAUCUGUCACAUGUGACUGUUGAAGAUAUGUUGUUUGCAGUCACAUGGACCUGACAAGUUACAUAUGACAGACAUGGCAGUAUAUAAUUGACAUCAGUACUCCACUGCCCAGUAAACUGUAAUUUUCAACUUGUUUGGAGCUCGUUGCUGCAGCUCUGUUGAAAGCCAAAUUCCUGGUAAAGCACUGUCAGCGAUUCAGUUUGCAAUUCAGUUUCUUUCACUUUAUAGUUUUAUAAGACAGGCUAUUUUUACAAUCACAGUUAAAAUUGCGACCCUAAUGCUCAAAACUGGCACUUUUGUUCUAUCUUUCCUUUCUCCAUUUUAAAAUGCUUAAACCUCAAACUUUGUAUUACUUUAAUCACUAUUUCCUGAUUUCUCUCAUUUUUCUAGUCUUAUAGUGAUGUCCUGCACUGGAGACCCUUCAUCCUACUUCCUCAAUUAAAAAUAUGAUUUUUAUUUUUAUUCCUAUCUGACAAAACAGAUCGCUCAUAAAUAGCAAAGAUCUAUAAAUGUUCUAAAGCCAAAACAAAAAUGGAAAAUUUUGGAAACUGCUGACUGACCUGUAUGUUUCUAGUGCUUGUUGGUUCUAAAAUUGAUCUUCUAAGUUACUGACCAAAGCACAGGCCUGGAGUUUCCAGUAGGAGUACAUUCAGUGAUAUCUGAUAGACUGCGCCCUUGCCAAGACGGAGUUACACCUUGAAUGCCACUCAUGCUCAUUAGUGUAAGCCUAAGCAUAAAAUUUCCCAUGAAUCAGGACAUUCAGACAGUGUUGCCAAUCAAUUGGAACUUGAUCUAUCGGGCCUCAAGAUGACUGAAUUAAAACUAAUUUUAACUGAAAAUUUAUUCAAGCAAUUGCUGCAGCUGAAGGAACAUGCUCUUCAGUGGUUUCAGUUGACUGCUGCUGACAAGUUUUCCGUAUCAAGGGCAGAUCAAUUGACUGAAUUUGAACUCAUUUAAACUGGAUUGAAAGUAAUUGCAACUUUAUGCGAAUGAGACCUGAGUGAGGCUUAAGUUGUUUGCUGGUCCUUGCAGCUACAGGUCAUUAAUGAUAGACUAGUGUCAUCACCCCUAAACAGGCACAAUUGACAGAGUCGCCAUUCCAUUCUGGGAGAACGGUCAGUUUUGCAGUUUUGUGGGUGGGGUGAUUUGGAUGGAUGGACUUUUGAACCAGGGUAAAAGAUUGUGGAAACUCAUUUAUACUUAAAAUUCCAUGAUGUUUUGUGUUAUUUCAUUCCAUCCAGAUUCUGGUAUUAUCUGGGUGGAAAUCAUGUGGAAACUCCAAGCGCACUGUUUAAAUGGUUUAUCACAGUAAAUACUGUUUUAAUGUACAUGGCAGUUUUUUAAGGUUUGACGUUUCACUCAAGAACAAUAAUUGUAAAAUGAUUCUAGUUGUAUGUUGAAUAUUACAGAAAUGACUUUGUACAUGUGAGAUUACAUUUUUAAAAGCAUACAAUUGUAUCAAUACAUUUGAUGUUCAAAUAACUUGCACUAUAAGAAUGAUGGAACUGAUUGCAAUCCAUUCUUCCUAGGAUCAACUGAAUGACAUACAGAACUCAACUGUUUCCUAGAGGAAAUUAAUUUAAUGAUGUGAAUUUUGAGUAUUUAUAUACAUUGAAUUACAACAACAAUUUAUAUGGCACCUUUAACAAAGUGAAACAUCACAAGGCACUGAGAUAGAAAUUACCCCUCAGAAACAGCCCAUGUUUAUCCUCUAUAUGAACGGUGCUCGUAAUACCAUGUGCCUACUCUGUUUCCAUUUCUUUUUUAUUCUCUUCCCUUCGACCAAAUAUCUAUCAAGUUCUUAAAUAUUGAGAUUGUCUCUGCUUCCCUCAUUAACUCUGGUAGUGCAUUCCACAGCCUCAUAACUUUGCCCUAGGUUGGCAGGCGGGCAGCCAAAAUGGGGCUGCCGCCAUUUUGAGUGGCCAGGCCAAUUAAGGCCCACCCAGUGGCCUGCCUGAUGGGAAGCACUAUGUGCUUCCUGUGCGGGGGUGGAGGGAUUC